AUGGAGCACCCUGAGGGACAGCCUCCGGAUCUGUUAGUAAAUGAUUCAACACCAACAGUUUCAACAUCGGAAGCAACCGGCUCCAAAGAUCCCCAAAUUUCUGUCGACAACGAGGGUGAAACUGUUGGCGACCCGGGCGCCGAAAAUGCCAGCUACCAAGUCACCCAAACUGCUGCCGACCACGUCACCAAAGCUGAUGCCGACAGCGGCACCCCGGCUGGAGCCACAGCGCCUCAGGAAAACUUACCAGAAGGGAAAGAGAUGAGUAAAAGCCAGGAUGAACCUCCUCACGAACUUGAGAACCAGUUUAUAUUGCGUCUGCCUCCGGAACAUGCAUCUGCUGUCAGGAAGAUACUACAUUCUAGAAGUGUUGCCAUGAAGAAUAAACUCAAAAUUGACUUAUCUUCUGAUGGACGUCAUGCAGUUGUUGAUGUAGAAGAUGUCUCACUAGCUGCAAAGGUGGUUGAUUUGCCAUGUGUUAUUGGAAGCCUGAAAACUCUUGAUAAAAAAACUUUUUAUAAAACAGCAGAUAUUUCUCAGAUGCUUGUGUGCACUGCUGAUGGUGAUCUCCACUCUUCUCCAGAAGAACCAGUUACCUCUACUGAUCUUAAAGUAAUCAGGAAAAAUGAAAAAGAGAGACAGAAAAAAUAUGUCUGGAAGCAUGGCAUUACUCCACCACUUAAGAAUGUCAGAAAGAAAAGGUUCCGCAAAACAACAAAAAAGCUCACCGAUUUCAAACAAAUUGAAGAAAUCAGCUUUCCUGAGUACAUUGAAUCUCCUGAUGUGGAAAAGGAAGUGAAAAGACUCUUGUGUUCAGAUGCUGAAGCUGUCAGUGCUCGAUGGGAAGUCAUUGCUGAAGAUGAAACCAAGGAAAUAGAGAGUCAGGGCUCUAUCCCAGGCUUUGCACUAUCCCCAGGAAUGAGUGACUAUAAGCAGGAUCAUAUCUCAUCAGGAUAUGGUAUGCUUCGGGAGGUGUUCAGUGAUUCUAGCAGUAACAGUGAUGAUGAUGAUGAUGACGAUGAUGAUGACGAUGACGAGGAGGAGGAUGACGACAAUAAGGAGGAUGAGGAGGAGGAUGAGGAGGAUGAGGAUGAAGAGGAUGACUAUGAUGAGGAGUACAAAAUUGAGGAAGAGGAUGAAGAUUAUUAUGAAGAGGAUCUGGAAAGGGAGCUACAGGCCAAGUUCUUUGCAUCUGGCCAGUAUGAGGCAAAGGAAGAAGCCAGUUCAAUAGUUAUGGAUAUUCAGAAGCAGAUUCAUUACAUGGAGAAAAAGCUCCAAGAGAUUCGUUGCAAAGCACAAAGACAGAAGAAUCUCAUAAUGAAAGUGGAAAACCUGGCGCUCAAGAAUCAUUUACAGUCUGUGCUGGAGCAGCUUAUAUUACAGGAAAUGCAAAGAAAAGAGCAGCUCAUUUCCCUAAAGGAACAACUGAAAUAUUUUUUGAAGUGA